UUUCGAUCGACGUAAUUUUCGAAUUCCAGGUCGUCUGUCUGUGUGCUUGCUUACCCGCGACGCGCAGAUGGUGAUUAUCGCAACGCGCCCCCUUGGCUGUGGAACAGAUCACUUCUGUGUCGUCACAUGCAUCUCCCCUUUUCACGGGCCGACAACUGGAGACUGUAUAAGAUGGAGGCGUAAACGCACCAGAGAAAAGUAAGCCGCUGCGAUGAAGGUUGUAGCUCCCCAGCUCCUGUCCGUCCUCGUCCUCGCCGGCGCGUCGAAUGCCGCAAGCUACACCGGUCCGUACUCCCAUGGUGGGACCUGGAAGAAGGGCUUCGCGGAGGCCAAGGCACUCCUCGCCCAGAUGACGCUCGAAGAAAAGACCAAUCUCACGGUCGGCUGGCCUGGUCCGUGCGCGGGCAACACAGGUGCCGUGCCCCGCCUCGGGAUCCCCGUGCUGUGUUUGCAGGACGGGCCGAACGGCGUGCGCCCUGUCCGCCGCGCGUCGCAGUUCCCGACCGGCAUCACGACCGCCGCGACAUGGAACCGCGAGCUGAUAACCGCGCGCGCGAACGCGCUUGCCGAGGAGUUCUACGACAAGGGGAUCAACGUUCUGCUUGGGCCCGUGACUGGAGGGCCAAUGGGGAGGAGCCCAUUGGGCGGACGGGCAUGGGAAGGGUUUGGGCCAGAUCCAUAUUUGCAUGGUGUCGGAUCCUACCUGACUGUACAAGGCAUCCAGGAGAAAGGCGUCCUUGCUUGCUCGAAGCAUUUCAUCGGGUAUGAACAGGAAACUGACCGAAAUCAAAACUUCGAGCCUGGCAUCACUCCGAAUCCAGUCUCGUCCGACUUUGACGACAAAAGCGCGCACGAAAUCUAUAUGUGGCCGUUUGCUGAGGCCGUCCGUGCUGGGACCGGGAUAUCAAUGUGUUCGUACAACGAGCUCAACGGCACCCAUGCGUGCUCCAACGACGUCGCUCUCAACGGCUGGCUCAAGGGACAGCUGAAUUUCCAAGGGCCGGUGAUUUCCGACUGGGCGGGAACAUGGGAUACCGUCAAUUCGGCAUUGAACGGUCUGGACGUGGUGAUGCCUGGCGGCUUCUUCGGGCCGGAGACCCUGAUCCCGCUGGUCCAGAACGGCACGAUUCCGGAGAAGCGAUUGGAUGAUAUGGUUCUCCGCACGCUUACGCCGUUCCUCGAGAUGCAAGACAUCCACAAGUUCCCCCUGCCCACCUUCAACCAAUCCGACAUCUCGCUUCCCGCCAACAAUGUCCGCCGCGACCACUACAAGAUCAUCCGGAAAGUCGCGCAGGAGGGCGUGACGCUGGUCAAGAACAACCGCACCGGGGGACGCGGUCUCCCGUUCCCGGAUCUCGCCGAGAUGGCAUCACUCGCUGUGAUUGGCCAGGAUGCCGGCCCCGCGCCAUUCAGCUGGACAUCCUGCGGCAUCGUCGGCAUGGACUGCCUGCCCGGCUCGAACAACGGCACGCUGACGGUGGGUGGCGGCAGCGCAUAUGCCCUACCGCCGUACACCAUCGACCCGCUCGCGGCGAUCAACUCCUACGUCGCUGCGGUGGGCCCGGACAUCAACCACCACCUCGACAACUACAACCUGACGGCGGCAUCGCUCCAGGCCGCGGCGUCCGAGGCGGCGAUUGUGUUCCUGAACGCGUAUGCCACCGAGGGCUACGACCGCCCGAACCUCACGACGUAUCCGAACGGCGACGAGCUCGUCAAGGCUGUCGCGGCGGUGAACAAGAACACCGUCGUGGUGCUGCAUGUGCCGGGUCCGGUGAUCGUCGAGGAGUGGGUUGAUCAUCCCAAUGUCACAGCGGUCAUCGUUGCGCAUUACCCCGGUCAGGAGAGCGGGAACAGUCUCGUCCCGCUGCUCUGGGGUGAGGAAUCGCCGUCCGGAAAACUCCCGUAUACGUUUGCGAAGCGGCUGAGUGACUGGCCACCGAACGGAAUUGUGAACGACAGCUCCUCGCCCACUGCUCAUUUCUCCGAAGGCCUGCUUGUCGAUUACAAGUGGUUCGACGCCAAGAAGAUCGAGCCUCGGUUCGAGUUCGGCCUAGGCCUCAGCUACACGACAUUCCAAUACGGCCAGCUCUCGCUCAAGAAGACGUUCCAGACCGACAGCACGUCGGUGCAGCCCACCGCGGAGCAGUUCGUCGCGAUCUCGUCGGAUUCGGGAAAGAGCCUGUACGACAUCUUGUACACGGCCACGGUCAGCAUCAAGAACACGGGCAAGGUUGCCGGUGCCGAAGUCGCCCAGCUCUACGUCUCUUUCCCGUCCAAUGAAAACCAGCCUCCUCGCGUCUUGCGCGGCUUCGACAAGCUGAGCCUGAAACCCGGACACCAAGCGACGGCUACGUUCGAGCUCACGCGCAAGGAUUUGUCGAUGUGGGAUGUCGUGCAGCAGAAGUGGAGAGUGCCAAAGGGGGAGUUCACACUGACUGUGGGCGCCUCGAGCCGAGAUCUGCGCUCGAAGAUUACCCACAGCUUUGCGUGAGGGGGCGGAGCGCUGGGGAGGUCGGAACGGGAAUUUCUAAGCCGCGCGGGGAGUUGAUAUCGCCUGCGGCCGUCGUAUUAUUAAUUAUUCGGGUUGUCCGAGUUUGUAUAUCUGCAAUGAUUUCUGAAUAUCCGCUUCUAUGUGACCUUUGAACUGGC